AUGUUAUUCCCGCUAAAAGUCGCCCCCGGGCGUCUGCCACGUCAUCGCAUUUACGGAGCAUUGGCCAAUGUUAUUCCCGCUAAAAGUCGCCCCCGGGCUUCGCCGUUUUCGCACCGGAAAUCUGUUUCGUCUUCUUCUUCGAGUCAAUCGCCGAGUUCUUUCACGAACGGGAAGAUGAUUCCACGAUCUUGUUCGAGUUCAGCAUCUUCGCAUUAUGGAAUGAGCAGUGGAUUUGGUUCUAGAUCGAUGGUUAAUGGUGGUGGUUAUGGUGAUUGCUCACCGGUAGGGUUUAUUUCCGAUGAUUUGAUGUCUGAGCCUGUGGAUGAGCCGAGGAACGGGGAUAGCAUUUCUGUGACGAUUCGUUUUCGGCCUUUGAGCGAGAGGGAGUUCCUGAAAGGGGAUGAGAUUGCUUGGUAUGCGGACGGGGACAAGAUCGUACGCAAUGAGUAUAAUCCAGCCACGGCCUAUGGAUUUGAUAAGGUGUUUGGACCAGAUACGAUUUCACCGGAGGUGUAUGAAGUUGCGGCUAAACCAGUCGUUAAGGCAGCUAUGGAGGGUGUUCAUGGAACUGUAUUUGCUUACGGUGUGACAAGCAGUGGGAAGACACACACUAUGCAUGGAGAUCAAAACUCUCCAGGGAUCAUACCACUGGCUAUAAAAGAUGUCUUCAGCAUCAUCCAAGAUACUCCUGGAAGAGAAUUCUUGCUCCGUGUAUCGUACCUUGAAAUAUACAACGAAGUGAUAAAUGACUUGCUGGAUCCAACAGGUCAGAAUUUGCGUGUUAGGGAAGAUGCACAGGGCACUUAUGUUGAGGGUAUAAAGGAAGAAGUGGUUUUGUCUCCUGGACAUGCUUUAUCAUUUAUAGCCGCUGGAGAAGAGCAUCGUCACGUUGGAUCAAACAAUUUCAAUCUUUUUAGUAGCCGGAGUCACACCAUCUUUACGCUGAUGAUUGAAAGUAGUGCACGUGGUGAUGAGUAUGACGGUGUCAUCUUCUCUCAACUUAACUUGAUAGAUUUAGCUGGGUCGGAGAGCUCAAAGACCGAAACUACUGGACUGAGGAGAAAGGAAGGAGCCUAUAUAAACAAAAGCCUUUUGACUCUUGGAACAGUUAUUGGGAAAUUAAGCGAGGGAAAGGCAUCCCAUGUUCCUUAUCGAGAUUCUAAGCUUACCCGUCUUCUUCAAUCCUCACUCAGUGGGCAUGGACACGUUUCACUUAUUUGCACUGUAACUCCUGCAUCCAGUAACAUGGAGGAAACUCACAAUACAUUGAAGUUUGCUAGCAGGGCCAAACGAGUUGAAAUCUAUGCCUCGCGCAAUAAGAUAAUUGAUGAAAAGUCUUUGAUAAAGAAGUAUCAGACAGAAAUUUCAAUCCUCAAGCAAGAACUUGAUCAAUUAAAGAGGGGGAUGCUGGCUGGUGUUAAUCAUGAGGAGAUAAUGAAUUUAAGGCAGCAGUUGGAAGAAGGUCAAGUGAAAAUGCAAUCAAGAUUAGAAGAAGAGGAAGAAGCUAAGGUUGCUCUCAUGAGUAGGAUUCAGAGGCUGACUAAACUCAUACUUGUCUCUUCUAAGAAUUCUAUUCCUGGAUGUUUGAGUGACGUUCCUAGUCAUCAAAGGAACAAAUCUUCUUUUGAAGAUAAGGUUGAGGUCACCCAAGGGUUACUUUCCGGAAGUGAGAAUCAAAAUGAUCUAUCUUCAAUUGUUCACUCAGAUCAGUUGAACGGUGAACUCUUACCAGCUGAUAGUACAAUCACUGGAUCAUCUAACGGGGAGAUGACAAUGUCAGAUCAGAUGGAUCUACUGGUCGAGCAAGUUAAGAUGCUGGCUGAAGAGAUUGCGUUUGAAACCAGCGCACUGAAACGUUUGAUUGAGCAGUCUGUUGAUGAUCCUGAUGGUUCUAAAGUUCAAAUCCAGAACUUAGAACAAGAAAUUCAAGAAAAAAAGAGGCAAAUGAGAGCUUUGGAACAACGAAUUAAUGAGGGUAGCGAGCCUUCAAUUUCUAGUGCAUCGAUGGUUGAAAUGCAGCAGACUGUUACAAGAUUAACGACUCAGUGCGGUGAAAAGGAAUUUGAGCUUGAGAAAUUGUCUUCCAGAAAAAUAUGUAGAAGAAUUCAAAAAAAGAUUCAAUCUCAGGAGAUAGAGAAUGAGAAACUGAAAUUGGAAUCAGUUCACUUUUCAGAAGAGAUCAGUGGGUUGCAUGUACAGAAUCAAAAACUGGCAGAAGAAGCUUCUUACGCAAAGGAGCUAGCCUCUGCUGCUGCUGUUGAGUUGAAAAAUUUGGCAGCUGAAGUCACGAAGCUCUCCUUACAAAAUGCAAAAUUGGAAAAGGAGUUAUUGAGUGCGCGAGAAUUGGCUCACUCUAAGAAUACACAGAAUAAUCACAGUGGGAACCGCAAGUACAUUGAUGGUUCAAAACCUGGAAGGAAGGGAAGGCUCUCUGGCCGGUCUAUUGAUGUUUCAGCAGCAACCAGUGAUGAUUUUGAAUCUUGGAAUCUUGAUCCAGAUGAUUUAAAAAUGGAACUUCACGCAAGGAAACAAAGAGAGGAGGCCCUUGAGGCUGCUUUAGCUGAAAAGGAGCUCCUAGAAGAUGAUUACCGAAAGAAAAUGGAAGAGGCAAAGAAAAGAGAAGCGGCUCUUGAAAAUGAUUUAGCCAAUAUGUGGGUACUGGUUGCCAAGUUGAAGAAAGAGGCCGGAGGUGGAGCUAUCUCAGAUGUUAAAAGUGAUGCAAGGCAGAAUUCUGGAACAGAAAAUGAUAUCGAUACAAAGACGGAUGAUAAUGAAACCAUAACCAUCUUUAAAGAGGAUGCUGAUCCUGUAGAUGAUUCGAAAAAAUCUGAAGAAACCCAUGAGGAGGAACCACUGGUUGUUCGCCUAAAGGCACGGAUGCAAGUGAUGAAGGAAAAGGAUCUGAAGUGCCUAGAAAAUGUAGAUACGAAUUCACACACGUGUAAAGUAUGUUUUGAAUUGCCAACUGCAGCAAUUCUUCUUCCAUGUCGACAUUUUUGUUUAUGUAAAUCUUGUUCACUUGCCUGUUCUGAGUGUCCAAUCUGUCGGACAAAGAUUGUAGAUAGGCUCUUUGCAUUUACUUCUUGACAUGUUCUUCCAUGCCUGCCUUUCCCCACAAGGAAUUCAAUAUUGAAUCUACAAUGCGACGGAGGACUAGAUUCUUCUAUUUGAUUUGCUUUACAUGCAACUGUACAAAAAGAACCUUUUGCCUUGUGGAUCUCUGUCCCUGUUCAAUUCAUGCAGAUUUGGAAAAGGGUUUGUUUUUGUUUUCUUGCACAAUAUUCCUUCCUUCUACUACUAUCUUAAUAUUUAUUCAAGGCUGUCAUUAAACGAUGUCGUUUUAUA